CUGGGAAAACGUGUCUCCGACGAGCAUCCUGCUUGCUUACACUGAGUCUCUCUUUUAUAAAAAUACUAUUUCAGUGUGAUAAAAUGCCCGUUUUUUUGUUUUGAUUUUUAACUGGGAACCCAGAACGUACAAACCUGGCCGGACUGGCCGCUUAUCUGCUUCCCCCCGCUGGUCACUGGUGUAUCCCAAGAUGGAGGGCACAGCCCGAGGGCACUGACGCCUGUCCCGCGUGGGAGCGAGUGGGGUUCGGGACACCGGGAGCGGCCGGGGGACAGCGCCAUGCCUCACAAGAAGAAAAAACCCUUCAUAGAGAAGAAGAAAGCAGUAACAUUUCACUUAGUGCACCGAAGUCAGAGGGAUCCUCUUGCUGCUGAUGAUACUGCACCCCAGAGAGUUCUGCUGCCCACACAGAAAGGGCAUGACGAACAAAGAAGGGAAGAGCAGCGCAAGUAUGGUGUCUUCUUUGAUGAUGACUAUGACUAUUUGCAGCACCUCAAAGAAGCCUCUGGUCCCUCUGAGCUUGUCCCGUCUGUGCGUGGACAGCAAAGCAGAAUUGUCAUCACAAGUGAGGGGCAUAUAGAAGAUGAAAUUCAGAGAAUUACGGCUCCAUCCAUUAAGUUGCCUUCCUCAGUAUUUGCCACAGAGUUUGAAGAGGAUGUGGGCUUGUUAAAUAAAGCUGCUCCUGUUUCAGGACCACGUCUAGAUUUUGACCCAGAUAUCGUUGCCGCUCUUGAUGAUGAUUUUGACUUUGACAAUCCAGAAAAUAUCCUGGAAGAUGAUUUUGUUCUACAAGCAAAUAAACCACAGAAGAGGGGACCAAAUACUGAGGAUGAAGAUGAAUGGGAAGAUAUGGAAGAUGAUAGUGAUGAAAAGGAUAGCUGCAGUACUGAUAAUGACUAUGAUUCAGAAGGUCCUUUGUCAGAUGAUGAGGCUAAUGGACGGACAAAAGAAUUCCUUUUUAUGCAAGAAGAAACCAGGAGUCGUUUCACAGAAUAUUCUAUGACAUCCUCUGUAAUAAGACGGAAUGAGCAGUUAACCCUGUUGGAUGACAGAUUUGAGAAGUUUUAUGAACAAUUUGAUGAAGAUGAGAUUGGAGCCUUAGAUAACGUGGAGUUAGAAGGCUACAUUAACACAGACAAUGCUCGGUUGCAGGAAGUCCUGGAUGAUUACUAUAAAGAGAAAGCAAAGAAUUGUGUGAAAUUGGAUGCUCUUGAACCUGAUGAAAAUUUGGACUCUCCUGCAAAUGAAGAAAGUGAGGAAGAAAAGGAAGAAAUAGUAACUGUAGUUAUUGAGGAGCCAAAAGAAAAGUGGGAUUGCGAAUCCAUUUUGAGUACCUAUUCAAACUUAUAUAAUCACCCAACACUUAUUAAGGAGCCAUCAAAGCCCAAGCCAAUAAAAAUUUCUCAGAAGACUGGAAUUCCCCUACAUGUCUUGCCUGAGAAAGGUCUCACUGCUAAGCAGGUGGAACGCAUGCAAAUGAUAAAUGGUAGUGACCUGCCAAAAGCAUCAACACAGCCUCGUUCCAAAGCUGAGAGCAAAGAGGAUCGCAAAGCCAGAAAACAGGCAAUAAAAGAGGAGCGAAAGGAACGCAGAAUGGAGAAGAAAGCCAACAAGCUGGCCUUCAAACAGGAGAAAACAAGACAAGAAAAAGAGUUGCUCAAUCUGAAACAAAACGUGCAAGGUCUGAAGCUGUCCUGAUGAAACUGAGAAACGUAAUGUGGAAACAUCCCUAAUUUUUCAUUUGUAUUGAGAAGGGAACUGCUAACUCACACCUUUGCCAGUCCUGCUCAAAGGGAAUUGUUCAAAUCUCACUGUAACAAGACCCAGUAAUUUGUCAUUUUUUCUGAAGUGAAAUUCUGUAUGAAAUAAUGUAUUGGUGAUAUCUGUUCUGUCAUGAGUGACAUGGCAGUUGCUGCAAAGUUUCACUAUGGUAAAAAUGUAAUAAAAUUACGAAUAUUUUUCUUAAAAGUUA